CUGAGGCGGGCGGGGCCCUUACUGAGUGGCGGCGCGGCGGGCGGGCAGGCGGCGGCGGCGGCAGCAGUGCGCAGGCAGCGGCGGUGACGUGACGGGCCGGGGAUCUCAAAAUGACUUCUAUGUUGAGCCGUAUCAUCAGAAACCUCCCUGCUGCCUCAGCAUGGGCUGCCAGGGUCUCUGCAAGAUCACUCAGCUGCUCUUCACAGUUACAAGCAGCAGCAGUCCAGCCUAAGAGUAAGAAGACAUUAGCCAAAAGUGGCGUGAAGAAUAUUGUUGUGGUAGAGGGCGUCCGUAUUCCGUUUUUGCAAUCUGGCACCUCGUAUGCAGAUCUUAUGCCACAUGACUUAGCCAGAGCAGCAUUGCAAGGGCUGCUGAACCGGACCAGUGUCCCAAAGGAUGUUGUUGAUCACAUUGUUUAUGGCACAGUUAUCCAGGAAGUGAAAACAAGUAAUGUUGCCAGAGAGGCUGCCUUGGGAGCUGGUUUCUCUGACAAAACUCCAGCCCACACAGUCACUAUGGCUUGCAUUUCUUCAAACCAGGCUAUGACUACAGGUGUGGGUAUGAUUGCGGCUGGCCAGUGCGAUGUCGUUGUAGCAGGGGGUGUGGAGUUAAUGUCAGAUGUUCCCAUUCGUCACAGCAGAAAAAUGAGGAAGACUAUGCUCAAGCUUAACAAAGCCAAGACUUUGAGCCAAAAGCUCUCUGUGAUUUCCAAAAUUCGCCCUGACUACUUUGCUCCCGAGCUACCAGCUGUGGCAGAGUUCUCCACCAGUGAGACUAUGGGGCACUCUGCCGAUCGUUUGGCUGCUGCCUUUGCAGUCUCCCGUGUGGAGCAAGAUGAAUAUGCCCUCCGUUCACACACACUAGCUAAGAAAGCCCAGGAUGAAGGCUUGCUCCUCGAUGUGGUACCCUUCAAAGUGCCAGGCAAAGAUACAGUUACCAAGGAUAAUGGAGUCCGUCCUUCCUCAAUGGAGCAGAUGAGCAAGCUGAAGCCGGCUUUUGUCAAGCCAUACGGAACUGUCACAGCUGCCAACUCAUCCUUCCUGACCGAUGGUGCUUCAGCAAUUCUGCUCAUGUCUGAGGAGAAGGCUCUGGCCAUGGGAUACAAACCAAAGGCCUACCUAAGGGACUUUGUGUAUGUGUCCCAGGAUCCAAAGGACCAGCUGCUACUAGGCCCAACAUAUGCUACUCCAAAAGUGCUAGAGAAGGCUGGUCUAACCAUGGCUGAUAUUGAUGCUUUUGAAUUUCAUGAAGCCUUUGCCGGGCAAAUUCUGGCCAACCUGAAAGCUAUGGAUUCAGACUGGUUUGCACAAAACUACAUGGGCAGAAAGUCAAAGGUUGGAGCCCCACCUCUGGAGAAGUUCAAUAAUUGGGGUGGCUCCCUGUCACUGGGACAUCCUUUUGGUGCCACUGGUUGCCGUCUAGUAAUUACUGCUGCUCACAGAUUGAAGAAAGAGGGAGGACAGUAUGGUCUGGUUGCUGCCUGUGCUGCAGGAGGACAGGGGCAUGCAAUGGUAGUGGAGGUUUACCCUCAGUAAUGGGACAAGGAACUGCUGAAUGGAUAUUGAUACGUCCUGUGCCUGGCAAUGCCAUUUCAAUGCACUAAUUAAUAACAUGUACAAUCCCUCUGAGGAUUUUUGGUGGCCUUUGUAAAUAUCUUCUAGCUACUCAGCUAAUAAUUUUCAACCAAUGAAUACAUGCUAGAAAAUAUUGCCCAUGUCCAGAAAAGUUAAUAUGGUUCUUAGUCUGUCUAUGGUCCUCAUAUCUAAACAGAUUUUCACUGUAUGUCUUUUAUAAGCAAUAUUUUGGGGGGAAGGGAUGUAGAGAAAAAGAAUAAUUCCCAAACUGUACAAAUUACAUUUGGAGUUAAGGAGAACUGUGAAGUGUUGAAUGCCUGCAGGCUAAGAUGUAAGCUAAUGUGCCCAUGUGGAGAGUAACAGUUAUUUUUAGAAACAGGUUCAAACUGAAUUGGCUGACCUGGUUUGAAGGAGAAAGCAUGCUGCAGUGUGUCAAAACAGUGUUGGAAUUAGUAAAUCGCUUCUGCGAAAUGAGCCAAUGGCAACAUCACUGAUGUUAGCCACAGUACAGCCACAGCAAACCAGAAAAAAAUAAAGUUUGAUUUUAUUUUUUUUCUCUGCCCCCCCUCCCCACACACACCUUGCCUGCAAUGUAAGGACUUGUGCUGCUUGUUCUGAAGACUAUGUGCUCUGAGAUGUUACCAGUGUCUGCUUUCUGAUCUCUUGAAAACUGCCCAGAAUUCACCUUGAGCUCCAUAGUCUAAAAUAAAUCUCCAAGAUAACACA